GAGCGCGCGCUCCCAGCGCGGAUGGCCUCGACUCUUGUAGACUCGGCCAGAGAGACACGGCGACGCAAGCCCGCCAUGGGCGCUGUUCGGUGGUCGUGCGUCGCAGCGCUACUGGUGGCGGCCGUGCCGAAAUCGGAAAACGCUCCGCAGGAAAGACACGAGAGAAGUCCGUUUCUGUUCUCGGGCGUGGAAGCAACAUUCGGCAUCGGCCCACUUCAAAUCGACUUCGGGCAUCGCGAAGGUCUCAGAGGGUUGAUUCCAAAAUUCAGCUUCCCCAAGUCGGGAGUCAAGGUCCCUGGAAUUUCGUCGAGACAUUCCGACGACGGUCACGCAUCCGACUCGAGAUCUUCUGCAGACGUGUCCAGGUACUUCGACACGAAUUUCAUGUUCCGCAAUGUCACAGGUGGAGAUCUGGAGGAGAUCCAAAAAUUUUUCGGAGAAGCCAACCUCAGGCAAGUACUCGGUGACGACUUCCACUUCUCGGGACAUCCCACGAAGGCAAGCCUGAUGCGAGGAAUCUUGGAGAAAGCGCUGUCGUCCGAACGGGUCGAGGCCGACGGAAAAGCGAGACAUUUCCUCGCGUCUCUGCUGGGAAGAGUCAACGACGUCGGGUACGGCUCGCUGCCGCCAGACGUCUCGGACGAUAACCAGGAGACAGCCACCGUCGACGUGGCGUCGGUGAUGGAGGCGCUGGACUACGACGCCAUGAAGACGAACUCGACUGCUACGAACGCACUGGAAGGCGUGUACAAGUUCUUGGCGACUUCUUUCUCGCCCGCCGCGCACGUGUCUUCAGUCAGCUUCAUGAAGGCCAGAAGCAGAGGGGAGUUCCUGAAAGCCUUCUUCCAAGAGCUUCUGCGCAACAAAGAAGUCCCUGAAAUGACGAAACACAACAUACGAGUAGUUCUACGCUACGUGUUGACGAAUGGAAAAGGUGAAUAUCCUGUUGACUUCACUAAACACGUGUGAUUCUUUAUUAUGUGAAACAAAUAUCAUGUUAGUUUAAAGACAUUAAACAUAUAAAAGAAUAAAAAAAUGUAUAACUAAUUAAACAUCGAUAAUUUUUUUAUCUACAAUGUAUUAUAACUGGUUAAAUUUUUUCGUUUUCUUACAUAAAAUUAAAUAUAAGAUAACCAUGCCGAAUUUGUACAUAUACAUAAAUUAUCAAUGAGUUACAAUAGUUCCUACUUUGUUAGAUACACUCGCCUUCACAUGACAUCAUUCCAGCCUGGUCUAUGUACCUGGAUGUAAAUUAAUCUUAAAAUUUAAGUGGGUCAAAUUUUUUUGCAGGUACUUUAUUCAAAUAAAUUUUACGAGAUCUUGUAAAGCAUGUAUUUAAUUAAAUGCUUCUUGAAAUAUAUUUUCGGUAUUUAAUGUCACUGCAAAGCGACUAAGCUCUUUAUGCAGUAAAUAUAAAUCUUUGCUACCUUAUCUCUUUUUUUGUUUGUACAUGGUUGAUGUUAAUAAUAUUUAAAACUUUAAUUUAUUUUUUGAGUAAUUACUUCAAAAAAAUACUGAAUAACGACCACCUUUAUAGCCAAAAAGCAUCAGCGGAACCACGAAUUGACAGUAUUUAAAAAAAAAUUCGAAAAGAAUGCAGAGUUUAUAUUUUUUCUAGUGUUUUUUUUACCAAAACAUUUUGAAAAUAAAUACAUAUAUAAAUAGGUCGUGAAUAAAACAUAAUUUGAAAAUCGGGUAGAGCGGGGCUAUUCUGAUCACGGGGUAAAUCCGAUCAUAAUAAGAGAAUUGGCAACACAGCAAGCCAUGAGCCGAAAGGAAACAAUAUCAUCCCAUCAGUCGCAAGCUGGGAGUGUUGGUGUUCACGUGGUAAAAAAUUUCCGUUGUUAUUCUAAACUUUGCUGUGUGUAUGGAAGCGAUUCAACACCAAGGUAAGUCACGCCAUGCAUUUUUUACACUCUUUAUAAAAUCUCACGUUCCAAAAUAAGAAGCUACAAUUACAGAAACGAGAUAUCUUUUAUUACUUUGGUUUCUUCACGUAGUAUAUUUACUGGAAAACAAUAUCCUUGUAUCAGUUCUGAUAAAAACCAGUUUCCUCUUACAGUUUGGACAGCAAAGGUAAAAGUCGACAAAAUGGGGCAAUUCCGAUCACGCUAUUGGGGCUAUUUUGAUCACAGUAAAUAUUUUAUUGCUCUGGAGAAUACAGCACAGAAAGGAUCGUAUUUAUCAACUAAUCUUAAAAGCGAUUACUCGACACUGCUCUAUUGUCACGGUGCAUGUAGCUGACAGAAAAAAGUAUUAUCUUAAUGUUUCAAGGAUAGCUGAGAGGACAGUUAGAGACCUAGCUGUUGCCAGUUUGUAGAUACUGAUUUCGACUACCGCACAUUCCGUUGCGGUGAUUUGUUUCACUGCCGAUGCUUGGCGGGUCGCACCCUAUAUUACUCAAGAAAGAGUUGGCUGGUAGCACUCCGUGUUGGCCACACUUUAAAUAACUCGCACACAUUUUUUCAUCUCGAUGCCAUAAAAUAAAGGCAUUACCAACUUGACAUAUAUAAAACGAAAAAGUGUCAAGUUUGUACCUUGAAAUAUGACCAUUGGUUAAAUACUGUCAGAGUGUUUGCCAUCCACAAAUUUUACUGGUUCUUAGUACCAGCUGCUGUGUCCUGAAAUCUAACAACUUUCGAAAUGGGUCUUCGGGGACCAUAGCAGCAUAAGAUUUCUCGCAACAAAGUUUAGUUAAUUACGGAUUUUCUUAAACAUCUUGAUACUGAAAUCAAAUAUUGUUAUUAAUAAUUUAUUUAAUCUCCAAAUCCUUUCUGGAAUACGAGACCAUAACAGAAUUCCACACUACCCAAGUUAUAACCGAGAUAAACAUUUUGAUGCAUUUUACUGAAGUGUUGCAUGCAUUUAAAACAUCUCAAAUGUAAAUCAACACUAAUAUGUACUAUGGUUGUGAAUUUCAGAUGGUCAGAAACUACAAAAGAAAGAACAACACUCUUCAGUGGUCCGAGGAGUCUAUGUCAAAUGCUAUCAGCAGUGUCCUCCAUGGAGAAAUAACCAUCAGAGCAGCUGCUAACUUACAUCAGGUGCCAUUCACCACACUUCAGAACAGGAUCCAAAAAGUAAAACUACAGCAGUUAUUAGGAGACAAAGGGAAAGAGUGCAAACAUAAAGUUGGUCACCCACCUGUACUAAAUGCUGAGGAGGAAGAUGAACUGUGUGACAGAAUGCUCAACCUGUCGAAAAGAGGCUUUGGUUUGACCACAAUUCAGGUAAUAAAUGCAGCAUACAUGUAUGCUGAAAAGAAGGGUCUAAAAAUUCCAUGGAGCAAUACCGAAAAAUUGGCUGGUAAAGAUUGGCUUGGCAAGUUCAUGGCCAGACAUCCUCAACUCUCUUUGAGGAAACCGGAAGGUUUGUCAAAAAUGAGGGCAGCUGCCAUGGAUGAAAAAGAAUUUAACGACUUUUAUGACCUCUUUGGUGAUUUGACGAAUGAAUUAGAACUCAGGGAGAAGCCAGAGAGAAUUUAUAAUGUUGAUGAGUUUGGAUUUCCUUUAAACAAUAAGCCAUCAAAAAUCAUUUGUGAAAAAGGCCAAAGAGAAGUAAUUAAAUUGACAAGUGUAGAACGUGGGGAAAAUGUGUCAGUAGUAGCUUGUUUCAGUGCUAGUGGGGUGUACAUACCACCAUUCGUGAUUUUCAAGGGUGUGCGGUAUCGAGAGUCAUACUGUGCUAAUUUGUCAUCUGGAUAUGUAGCAGCAAUGUCUGAAUCUGGAUAUAUAAAUUAGGACCUAUUUCUCAGAUGGUUGCAACAUUUUCAAAAGCACGGACUCCCAGGGAAAUGCCUUCUUAUUUUGGAUGGACACGCAUCACAUUUUUCGCUUAAAUGCCUGAACUACUGCAGAGAAAAUGAAAUUGAACUUCUCUGUUUACCACCUCAUACCACUCAUGUCCUUCAGCCUCUAGAUCGCACACUAUUCAAACCAUUAAAAACUUUCUACCAUCAAGAAGCAACCACAUUCUUUCACAACAACCCAACACAAUCGAUCACCAAGUCUGACUUUGGAAAGAUUUUCACAGCUGCGUGGAACAAAGCUGCAUCCCAUGGGAUUGCUACUAAAGGGUUUCAGUGUAUUGGUCUCUACCCAUUUAACCCUAAGGCAAUUCGAUGGAUAAAUUUCUACCAUUUGUAGCUUUCCGAGCUGAAUCUCCUUCUACAUCAACAAAAUCAUCCACCAUGCAAACUUCAGGUCCUUCAUCUGAUGUUUCUCUUGAUCAUGUUCAAAAUAAGUCACACAACCAACAUUCCCCGUCCAAACACACAGUUUACUCCAGUUCCCAAGCUUCAUCCACCAUGUCCAUAUCAGCUUCUACGUCCAAGUCUCCCAGUGAACAGAAACUCAUUGGAUUUAAUGACAUCAUUCCAACCCCAAACAAAUCAUCUACAAAUAGGAAUGCACCGAAAAAAACCAGAAAUCAGAAAUCUCGACAUCUGACAUCGGAUGGAAACAUCAAGGCAACAGCAGAAAAAGUUAAAAUUGCCACAUUAAAAAAGAAACAGAUAGAUUGCAUAGUGAAGAGACGAAGACUGUUUGCAGAAAAUGAAAUGGACUCUAGUGGAGAAGAAAUCCUCAUCAUGAAAGAUUCGAGUGACGCACCAUGUGGAUUUUGCAACAGAAGAUGGAGCCAGUCUGCCAACAGAGGGGACUGGAUCAAGUGCCAGAAAUGUAGAAGCUGGUAUCAUGAAAUCUGUGUGGGUGCCAAAGGAAAGAAACAAUUCAGAUGCGGUAAAUGUGUGUGAUCAUGAUUGCCCCACUAUGAUCGGAUUUACCCCGUGUGUGAUCGCAAUUACCCCACUUGUUUUGUGAAUCCUGUGAUAUCACCUUUUAAAGAAUAAUUUUUUUGUAAAUUUAUAUGUGCCAUUAAUUACCUUUUUUAUUCAAGGUAUAUUAAGUAUACAUAUUCAAGUUUAUGCUCAUGUAUUUUCAUUAACCUAAUCUUAUUUUCAACAAUUUAUUUUCACAACACAAUUUUAAGUGAUCGGAAUUGCCCCUCUCUACCCUAUACCAAUUUUCAUUGCGCUAGGUCAAACUGUGUUUGAGAUUUGAACGUCAUAUAUACCAAAUUACAAAAUUACAUAUAUAUAUAUAAUUGAUGUAUAAGUCGUCCAAGAUAGUUUAUUUGCGUGUGAUACAAAUGUAAUUUGCUUACAAUCAAACUAAUAAUAUUACUCAUAGAUGCAGUACCCGGCAUUGCCCGGGCUGAACAGCGGGUGAUAUAUUCUACGCGAGUUAAAGCAAAAUAGAUAACGCUAUAUGACAGUGUGGUGGACAUAGAGAAAUGACAUAAUUUUCUGUUUGUUUGUCUAUGACCUAUGGUUUUCUGUUUAUCCAUGGCGAUCGGUUGAACGGCUUAGAAGUUGAUGCGCUGCAGCGCCAUCUAGGGGCGAGUUGCAAAAAUAAUGGAUAGCAUAAAAACCUUCUCCAUGAAAAACAACUUCGAUGUGCCAACUUUCGUGGUUAUCGGUAGAGACCGGAAAAAAUCGCGGAUUCAUUUCGCGAUAGGCUAAAAUUCGAACAGUUGUAUCCCAAGGCUUCUUCUGCUAUUGGCUCAUGACUCAUCUGGAGGGCUCUGGGCCAAUGAGAGACACUCAACCAAACCUGUAAAGAAUCACAGGGCUUCUACUCAGGGACUUUACAAAAGACAGCAGCCUAUGAGUGGGUGACUUUGCCCGAGUUUACGUAGAACUGUGGAGUCCAUCCUAGCGGUCAUUGAACCCGCGAAUUUUUCCGGUCCCUAGUUAUCGGCCAAACAGUGUCGGAGUUAUCAACGUCAUACAUACAAAGCCUAUAAACAUCCUAUUUUAUAAACUUGAAUAACAUUUGGUUGCAUUUUGUUGAACAAAUUGUAAGCUAUGAUUAAUAACUUAUAGUUAAUAAUUCACCAAAAUGGAGAUAUAACAUUUGUAUUACUGAAAAUAAAAUUUUCUUCACUCUGAUUGCUUGACGUUUAUACAAAUUUGUAUCACUUAUACUUAAUAACUAAAAAGUAUACUAUGUAAUUUUUUUAAUUCAAGAAAGUUGAUAUUUUUAAAACAUAAUGGGCUGUAUUAUAAAUGAUGCACAGUUUGACUGCCUAUUACAAAACAUCAUGUCAUAAUUUUAUAUUUACAGAAUUUUUCCUUUUAUGAUGUAUGAUAAAUAUAAAAUAUCGUUGUGUAAAAUAUUAUUAAAAAAUAAUUCCUCUUGCAAAAA